AUGGAAAACAAAUUGCUGCCUAGGUCUAGGUUGGAUUCGCUAUAUUCAGAUUUCAGAAGGCUCAAAGACUUGAACCCUGAAGGAUACGAUGCCAAUAUCAGAAGUUGGAAACAGUUUCUGCUGAAUGAAAAUUUAUACGAAAGGGUUUUACUUCGAUGUGGCAGUGAACUCCUCAAGGAACUAACCGAUUCACAAGUUGGGCAACCAAAAAGCCUAGAUGUUGCUUUGGAUGCGCUAAUAGCGGAGGGGUCGCUAACCUCUAUCGAAGACUUCAAACGUCACAAGCGGAACUUUAUCCUGAAUGCUCUUAGCAGGACUUUGAACAAUUCUCUAUUUCGCUUCGACAGUAGUAGAACAAGAAUCUCCAAAGGACAAGAAUAUCUUCGAGAUCAUUCCUACGUGGUUGUGCCUACUGUUGAACGUAAAUAUACGCUUUUGGAAAAAGCUAUUAAGAAUUCUGUCUGCAAAAAGGCCGUUCGAUACUCGGACUUGAUCUUCACAAAGCGAGAAUUCUGCCGAGUGAUUGGAAUGGAACAUCAGUUAAGCAACUGGGAAGAAUACGAUGUAAUGAUGACGUAUAUGGAGCAUCACAAGGGACUUAUAAGCACGGACCUGAAUACCGUCAAAGUUUGUAGUAAGGACGUGGCCACUCUGGUUUCCAAGUUUGGACCAUGCACUAUCACGGGAGAUGACCGAAAUAUAGCAUCUGUAAAAGAGGGAAGCUCGCGGCUCAGGAACCAAAUUUCGAACCUCGAACAUCGAUUAGAUGACUCUAAACAACUUUUGGUUAAAAGCAUACAACAAAAGAAAACCAAAGAUAUACAAAAAAUUCAUUUGCGGACACAGAAGCUGCUUGAAAAGAAUCUCAGUCUGGCUUGCAAAAAUACGCAGAAUUUAGAGCAGGUUUUGAACAAUAUUGAGCUCGCCAUCGACAACGUUCACUUGAAGGACACUUUCGUACAAUCUCAGGAGCUAAUGAGUAGUGUGUCUGCUCAGUUGGGUGACAUAGAUGAUAUUGAAAAACUUGUAGACGAAAUCAAUGCCAACAGGUUGAAAAACGAGAUGGUUGGAGAUGUGCUUGGUAGCCAGCUAGGCGACCUGGCUGAUUCAGAUCUUGAUGAAGAGCUUCAAAAAAUUGGUCUUGAGCUAAAUAACGAUGAAACAGUGCUCAAGAAGCUCUCAGAGCUGCAAAUUAACUCGGGCGCCAGAGACAAAACAGAACCUUCUGAAGACAAGCAGCAUGCAGAAUUAGCAAAAGAUUCCCCAAAAAAGCAACCUAUAUUGUCGUCGGUAUAA